AUGCUUUUACAUGACGAGGUUGGAGGUCCGGAACAACAAGUCUUGGACAACACAAACAUCAGUUUUGCUGGUUACCAAUACUGGUUGGACUGUUUGAUGCAGGAAUUCAAUCUGCAAAUGUACAAUGAAUUUAGGCGUCAAGCCCUUGAUGAUCUUUUUACACGACACACAGACGAUGGCUUCACACAGCUCAUGAAAUUUUAUCGCUUUGCUCUCACCAAUCCAUUUCCUAUACCCGAUCGGAUUCUUUGGGACCUGGUCGGUCUGUGCCGAGAUGAGGCUUUUAAACCUCGUGAUAUGAUCUUCAAUCUUAUUCAAACUGUUGCCAGUGACCAACAGAGUGAGAAGUUUCAUAACUCUGCUCUGAUUCGCAAACAUUUCACCAAGGCAUUUGGCAAUCAGUGGAAAUGGAUUGGGAGACAACUAUUUCGUUGA